UACAUACAUAUAUAUUUAUAUAUAUAUAUAUAUAAAAUAAUAAUAAAAAAUGAUUUUUCUAAAGUCUGUUUUAUUCUACUGUUCAGUUGUUAUAUUAUUCUUAUUUUUAUUAUUAUUGUACAUCCUUGGAGGUGUGCGAUACAUUACUGAUUUUGAGGAAAAUACUUGUGAAAUGACUUAUAUGUUCGAAUAUCCGCAAUAUGUGAGAAUUGCUUUGGACGAUAAUAUAGAGAACAAAUAUCCACGAUUUGGAUUGUAUGCAUAUGGAGAAGGUUUUGUUACAGAAAAACUUAGAAGAAUGUAUUUUACAGGAAUACCUGUUCUUUUUAUUCCUGGAAAUGUAGGAUCUCAUGAACAAGUAAGAUCUAUUGCUUCUGUCAGUUUGAGAAAAAGUCAAAAAGAUCGAACACCCUUUCACUUUGACUUUUUCACCGUUUCAUUGGGUAGAGAUUAUUCUGCUUUAUAUGGAGGUGUAUUGAUGGAAGAAACUAUGUAUGUUUUCCAUUGCAUAAACAAAAUUUUAAGUCUGUAUAAAGGAAAUAUGGAUAAUGUUAUACUUAUUGGUCAUUCUAUGGGAGGAAUCAUAGCCAAAGGAGCUAUUUUAUUAGUUCCAAAUGCAAAACCGAGUACUGUCAGUAUUAUUAUCAACUUAGCAACCCCUUCUGUGCCGUCGCUAGUAUUUGAUAAUACUUUUGCCACUUAUUAUUAUAAUUUAGAAAAAAAAGCAAAUCAAAUUAAAGAAGCCGGGAUAACAGUCGUAUCAAUUACUGGAGGACCAAGAGACAUUGUGGUACCAUCAAAUCAAGCCAUAGAUCCUACAGCAGAUAUAAAUAUUCUUACUACAAAUAUACCAGAUGUUUGGAAAUCUACCGAUCAUCUUUGUAUUCUAUGGUGCAAACAAUUGGUGCUCUCUAUUGUUAGAUUUUUAUUUGAUAGUGUUGAUUAUACAAAAAAACCAGCUCAAAUUUAUAAUGAGCCUGCUCGUAAAUUGGAAGCCUUAUCUUAUCAUUUUUUACAUAGAAGUUCAGGAAAAAAAUUAUAUCAUUAUAAAGAAAAAUUUAAUUUUGAUAAAAAUGGUGAAUGGAUAGAAAAUAUACAAAGGCAAUACACAUGGGAGAGUAAAGUUAACAGUUCUAGAAAAGGUUCUACAUAUUUAAUGAUUAGACUUACAGAUCCACGUGAUCAUUUGACAAUUGAGACAAUAAACUUAGAAACAAAAGAUUGGCUCUUUGUUUGUUUUGCAUCAAAUUUGCAAGACCAUUCUAGAGUGUGUGAUUGGGGCUGGAAUCUUACAAAUAGGACCAGAAUGGCUCCAGAUUAUUUACACAAACUCAGGCGUGUUGUUGAUUUAGAUACACAAGAAAUUAAAUAUCCACAUAUGACACAUAUUAUUAUUAGAAUGACCUCGGAAGACUUAGAAAACAAUGUUAUAGUUACCAUUGAUGCAUACUCUCGUGAAAAAAGAAUUUUGCCUAUUAAAAGCAGGACUUGGUCUAUUACAAAUCUUUUUAAUUCUGAUUUAUCUGGUUUGAUGAACUUUGGACCUGGUCAAACAAGAUAUUAUGUAACUCUAGAUAAAAUAAAUGCAAUUAAUGUAGAGCUUAAAAAUAUUGAAUGCAAGAAUAUUAAAGGACCAGUUCACACUAGUAUUGAAUUAUUAGAACCAUGGAAUUCUGGCGCUAGUCAAACUAUAUUUUUAACUGAAAUAGAUAACGGACCCAAAACUAUGAAAGUGCAGACACAUUACAACUACGACACCAAUGUUUCUGCAAUAUUAAGGUUGACUUUAGAACAGAAAUGCGCAUAUAAAUUUAACAUUAAAGAAGGUGGCAUAAUAGAUCAAAUUUCUUGUUUAGUGAGAGAUCGCUGGUCCAUUCUUCAUAUAAUUAUUAUAAGUUUACUUUUAAUAAUAAUAUCGUUGCGUAUAGAUAGCGAUAAAAAUGUGAUUCCACCAUUGAUUGUUACAAUGGCUUUAUGUAUUUACUUUGGUCUUGUUUUCGAAAGUUGUGUGGCUUUGACCAUCAUUUGUCUAUUUGCUAUAGGUACAUGCUGUUCUGUUAUUUUCCUUGGUUCAUUAGCACAUGGUAUAGCUGUAAGAUUUUUAGCACGUGCAAUAGCAUUUUCAGUAACAUGGGCUGACUGGUUACUUGGUGGAUUGAAUCAAUUGCCAUUCUUCACAACAAUUCUUGUCAUAUCUUUAGUUCCAGCAACAUGUGGAGCAUUAUCUAUGAUUAUCUCAGUAUUUUUGCACUUUUUAAAAUUAACGAGAAUGUAUGAGGAUUAUUUAGAAGAAUUAUUAAUGUCCUGCUUACAACAUUUUACCAUUGGUAGAGUUUUUAGGAGUAGAACAAAAACCGAAGUUACAAGAACAAAUGAAAAUAGUCAACAAAAAAUAAUAGAUUACAUGAUUCUUUUUAUUUUAUUGAAUUUCACUGCUAUCUCUGCUAUACCAUCUGUUCUUGUGUGGGCAAAAAAUUUCAGUUAUAGUACACGAUUAUUAACAGAAGAUUCUAUACUUCUUGUUAGUUGGGAAGUUCUAGCUGUAUGCAGCACUCUUGAACUUGUACAAAUAUCUUCCAAAUCUUCAGAAUCAUGGAUAUUAAGCAAUAUGUUACGAUUUUUAAGUUGGAUUUUGCUUUCUACAGCAGCAACUGUUCGCCCAUCCUUUUAUCAAUGGUUUAUUCCACCUUCUGUGGCAAUAGUUAUAGCUAUUCUUUCUCUUUAUUGUAUUAUUAAUAACAGAUUAAACUCAUAAUAUAUGAAAUAAGUAGAUAAAUUAUUUAUGAAAAUAUUAACAGAGGAAAUAAAAAAAUCUGAACUGUAUCAUAAAAUAAAUGAUUUUACUUAUUAUUCGUGAAAAAAAAUUAGAUAUACAUAUUCAAUAGUCAAACUUAUAACCUUAUGAGUGCAUAAAAGUAGUAGCAUGUUGAUUCU